CCCCCGCAUUGCAUUGUUAGCUACGUCCGAUGUCGAAGUUGCCACGACGGGUGGAAGGUUGCACGUUUUGGCCGGCUCUCCAGGGACGACACUCCGAGAUGGACGGAAAGCGAUAUCGCGCCCCUCCACCCUCAAGACAAAUUGGCUCAGCUAAUGGCAUGUGCUAAGCUGGAUGUCCGAUGCGGGAUGUGACGCCGCAGGUCACACAGAGGCGGACACGAGAGAUAUCCUGCCUAUAGUAAAGAGAGGAUCUGUUCGAGAGGCCUCAAGAUGUGACGGAUUAAGGUGCGAGUUCAAGUCGCGGACGAGCGACCCCUCACUUCCCCCACGUUCAGCUAAUGCACCGGCGUCCCGCCCCCGCAACUUUACUGGGCGGUUUACAUGCUCCGGCCUUUUUCGCUUUGCGACAUGUUUGCAGCCAUCCAUGCUGCUUGGAGCAAGCGCUGCCGACGUAUCCUCGAUUGGAGGAGCGCUGAGCUUCCAGGCGGACUGCAACCCACACGACGUGGCACAGUGCGGUGAUCUUGGGUGCUGUUGCAGGUCCGAGACGAGAUCUGCUGACGUCCUUGCCAUUGGAUGGUCCAUCAAGGUAGUGGUGAAGCCAUCGUGUUCUCGUGAGAGAACCAGGGAAACCUGGAUGGUUUGGAUAAAACCUGUUCAUUCCGGAGCAUCUAUUCAUUCUGCCAAAUUCCGAUGCCAGUGUUCGAAGCAAACACUAAAACUACAGGAACUCAGUAGAUGUCAAAUUGCUGUCAUUGACGGAAGACUGGCUAGAGACCGACAUGAUAUUUCGCAGGCCUGGACCCGUGUACGUGUGAAAGAUGGAGUGGGCAAGGUCUCUGCUUAGGUUGAGGUGGUCUCCAGUCAGUUCUCCGCCGAAGUUCCAAGUGCUGAUCUUACAUUGGACCACACCACUUGAGUGUAUGUGUCCAUAUACCGUAGUAGGCCAGAAAUCGCCAGAUGGCUUCACCAACCAUCUCAAUUGCACUUUUCGUCAUCCUGCAUUUAGUCAGCUACUAAAG